AGUCUCAUAUAGGUUUUCAAUAUAAUCACAUCGUUUAAAAUGUCAUUGGAUACGGAAUCAAAUCUGGAUAUUUUGGUAGAAUAUAAUAAAGAUACUUUAAAAUCUUUGUUAAAUCUUCUAAAGAAUGAAUUACCUCAUAAAAUACGACAAUAUAAUUUCUUAUUAAGUUAUUUGUAUCAUUACGAUAUUUUGAAUCAAAAUCGUAAUAAUUUAAUUUCGGAUCGUUGGAAUGUUAGAUUUUAUGGUCAUCGUUAUGGAAAACUGGAAAAUUGUACGAUUGUUACCAUUAAUGGAAGUAAGGAUUUUGUUAUAACUGCAUUUACUUUGGAAAAAUCUAGAACGGAACUAAAAGAGUGUCUUCGGAAAACUAAAUUAAUUAAUUGGGAAACUAAAAGUCUUAACAUAAUGUGCGAUGAAUCUGUAUUUAAGGCAGUCAAUGAAGUGGUGUGUGAAAAGGACACAAAUUGGACAUAUCUGCCUUUGGAAAAUGUACUGCAUAUAAGUAAAGAGAAAAUAAGACAAUUAUCAACUGAUAGUAACUUACCAGAAGAUUUAUACUUGGGCCCCUUGGAUCCCGAAAAACAUGCAAAAAUCAUGGAUGAUCAUUGGGAUUAUAAAGCGGAAAAUUCAUUGCAAUUAAUUCGUCAGUCCAUAGAGUUAAAUGGUGGCAUUGGCAUAUUUCGCCACGGUGUUGAGCAACCAAUAUGUUGGAUAUCUACAAAUGAAUUUCUUACUCCAGGUUUCCUACAUACUCUGGCGGCGGAACGAAAAAAAGGCUAUGCUGCUUUAAUUAUGAAAAUGGAAUUGAAACGUUUAUUAUCGAUCCAUAAUACCGAUUUAUUUUCAUUUGUUUGUAUUGAAAAUAUACCUUCAUUAAAACUGCACUACAAAUUGGGUUUUGAAACUGUUAAUAGAGUGACGUGGAUACAGAAAUGUAAUUAAACGAUUAUAAAAUAUAAGGUUUAAAGAGUUUUAAAAAUAUAUAAUUUAAAUUUUUAUAUGUUAGGAAGCUCUAAUGUAAUUGAGAAAUAUAAAACGCCAGAGAUCAAAUACACUAAAUAAGUUUAUGGAAAAAUUACAAAUAUAUUUAGAUUUUUUUAAUUAAUUA